AUGUUCAUUUCCGACAAACCUCGUCCUAAUAAUUUCUACAAAGACGACAACAACCCCAACCCCUCCACCACCGCACGCGACAUGAUUAUCGAUGAAGAUCUAAACCCUCACAACCACAAUCAUCUCCAGCUUCAACAGAUUCUCGUAGGAGAAAGCAGCAGCGAGGACCACGAAUUUAGUGAUAAAGGUUUUGACGAUCCGAGCAUUUCUUUUGGAUCCGUUGAAGCUAAUGGCAGGCCGGCGUUAAACCUUGAGAGGCGUCUUGAUCAUGAUGGUCAUCCUCUUGCAAUCACUACAGUUGAUGCUGUUGUAGCAAAUGGAGUUCCUCCUUGGAAUUGGAGAGAUACCCCUGGAAACGGUGGUGAUGCUCAUGAUCAGCCUUUUGGUGGGAGAGUCAUAACUGUGAAAUUUGGCGACUAUACAAGAAGAAUCGGUGUUGAUGGCACCGCUGAAGCAAUCAAAGAGACAAUCAAAUCUGCUUUUAGAUUAAGAACCAAGCGGGCGUUUUGGUUAGAAGAUGAAGAUCAGGUUGUUCGUUGUCUUGACCGAGACAUGCCCUUAGGGAACUAUCUACUCCAUGUCGAUGAUGGAUUGGCCAUUAGGGUUUGUCAUUAUGAUGAAUCCAACCAGUUACCAGUCCAUACAGAAGAGAAAAUAUUCUACACGGAAGAAGAUUACCGCGACUUUCUGGCUAGACGAGGGUGGAUAUGUCUACAAGUUGAUGGCUUCAGGAACAUAGACAACAUGGAUGAUCUUCAGUCUGGUGCCGUGUACCGAGGAGUGAGAGAGAGAAUGUGA